GUAUCACGACGGCACUCGCUGUUAAAUUUAGUUUGGCUCCAUAUUUACACUUUAGAUGUGAGCUGCUGUUUUCCUCUCGUGAUAUCUGAGCUGGACGCAGAUAUUUUCAGACUCACGGUGAGUCUGUAUUCCUGUCUUGUGUUUUUAUAGUAAGUCUCUGAACGUGACACAUAGGAAAUACGCCUGAUGCCACACAUUUUAACUCAAAACACUACUUUCAUGUUUCCUCACACAUGUUCAACAAGCCCAGCAUGAAUGCAAUGAUGCUACAGUAAGCCACUGUGCCACUUCUCACUUUUUAAUCCACUCAAUCCACUAGAAUCAUCACUGUGGACAUUUUUUGCGUAUAAAGACUAUUUAUAUGUGUUUCUGUACAGCCAGGCUGAUGUUCAACACAGCUGGGAUAAAACCAGCAGCUCUUAUAAAGCUCUAACUGCACACAUCUGUAUGUGAUUAUUGCAGAGCUGAUCUUGGGCUUCACUCUGGGUCAAGUUCAGCUUGUUUCACGUAGAAGCAGACUGUGCUCAGCAGGGGGCGCUGCUGUUUACGUCAAUAAAUCUCUUCAGUUUGUUUUAUUUUUCAAAAAACUUGUAUUAAACGCAGCAUGAAAUUUUUCUUCCUCUCUCGCUUGCUCCAGUUUGCCGCGCCUCCAUUUGCCUCCAUUUGGCAGCCAAUGGAAUUGCAGGAAGCAGCAGCACCUCAUUCAGUUAACUGUAAACACCCAACCUCCAUUGUAGUUACCAUUAAUUGUCAUUAAUCAUUAUCACAGAGUCUAUUGUAUUUUCAGAUCUGAUAUGUAUUUCCAAACUGAAGUAAACUUCGAUGUUGUUUAUUUCUGCUUUGUUAUUUAAAUGUCACGCAGUGAUUUGAUUGGCUGCCUGAUGGUGAUGUCAUGUCCCUCCUCAGGGUGUCUCUCCAGGUUUGAGGACUAAAAAUACCCGGAGGUGUCAGAGCGGCUGUGGAGCCCCGGGUCCGGCUGUCGGGGUGGGGUAGGUGGGGGUGUCCUGGUUGGGGGUAUCCAGCGUGUCUCCACCCCCCUGCUCCGCGCCCGACCAAUGAUCUGCGGUCUCGGUGUCCUGCGGCGCGGAGGAUGCCCGGGUCGCAGUAGUAUAUGGUCAUGGCAGGGGCAUUCCUGGAAGUCCUGCGCAGUGACGCCGAGCCUUUAAACCUCGCUUCACGCUCCCGCAGCUGCACAGCCCCACUCUGUCCACGCCGCCGCCCGUGCGUGACCACAGCCAAGCCAGCCGGAGGACAAAAGCAAACUAUUCUUCACUCUUCCUCCUGAGCCUCCUCUUUCUCUGAGAGUGUGAGUCCGCAGGAGUGCCCGCGGGUCUGCAUGCGCGCCUCUUUACGCACAGCUCCGUGAAGCUCCCUCCCCGCGCGCUGGGCACUGCCCCUCCGCUUCCACUGCCCCGUUUCUCUUUUUUUUUCUGCCUUUCCUUCUCUUCCCACUGCGCUCGGUGGUAUAAAAGGCAUGUCCAUGAUGAGCAACAACAGCUACUUGGAGCCCCAGCAGUUCUACCAGAGCACCGCGGACAUCGGCGAGGAGGAGGAGGAGGAGGAGAUGCCGGCCACCGAGAAGGACCUGGCCGAGGACGCCCCGUGGAAGAAGAUCCAGCAGAACACCUUCACCAGGUGGUGCAACGAGCACCUGAAGGUGAUCAACAAACGCAUCAACGACCUGCAGAAGGACCUGAGCGAUGGGCUAAAGUUAAUAGGGCUGCUGGAGGUGCUGAGCCAGAAAAAGAUGUACCGGAAGUACCACAGCAGACCCAACUUCAGGCAGAUGAAGCUGGAGAACGUUUCCGUGGCGCUGGAGUUCCUGGAAAGGGAGCACAUCAAGCUGGUCUCCAUCGACUCCAAAGCCAUCGUGGAUGGGAAUCUGAAGCUGAUCCUGGGUCUGAUCUGGACCCUGAUCCUCCACUACUCCAUCUCCAUGCCCAUGUGGGAGGAUGAGGAUGACGAAGACGCCAAGAAACUGACUCCUAAACAGCGUCUGCUGGGCUGGAUCCAGAACAAAGUGCCCCAGCUCCCCAUCACUAACUUUCACCGAGACUGGAGGGACGGCAAGGCGCUGGGAGCUCUGGUGGACAACUGUGCCCCCGGUCUGUGUCCCGACUGGGAAACAUGGGAUCCCAGUCAGCCGGUGGAGAACGCCCGGGAAGCCAUGCAACAGGCUGACGAUUGGCUGGGAGUGCCACAGGUGAUUGCUCCUGAGGAGAUCGUCGAUCCUAACGUGGAUGAGCACUCUGUCAUGACCUACCUGUCUCAGUUCCCUAAAGCCAAACUGAAGCCCGGUGCCCCCUUGAGGGCCAAAUCGCUACACCCCAAGAGGGCUAAGGCCUACGGACCAGGUAUCGAGCCUCGAGGUAACAUGGUUCUGAAACCAGCAGAGUUCCUGGUGGAGACAGUGGAGGCUGGACUGGGAGAAGUUCUAGUUUAUGUGGAGGAUCCAGAGGGACACACAGAAGAGGCCCGAGUCAUCCCCAACAAUGACAAGAACCGAACCUACUCUGUGGUCUACCUGCCCAAAGUGGAGGGGCUUCAUAAAGUAAAGGUGUUGUUUGCUGGUCAGGACAUCGACAGAAGUCCCUUCAUUGUAAAUGUUUCAAAAGCCAUGGGCGACCCAACCAGAGUUCAGGCCCGCGGGCUGGGACUGCAGCCAAUGGGAAAUGUGGCCAACAAACCUACAUACUUUGAUAUUUACACUGCAGGAGCGGGUGCUGGAGAUGUGGGCGUCAUCAUUGUGGACUCAAAUGGCCGCAGGGAUACAGUGGAGAUUGUCCUGGAGAACAGAGGCGACAGUGUAUUUCGGUGCACCUAUGUCCCUGUCCUGGAGGGGCCUCACGUCGUCUGUGUGACUUUUGCUGGGCAGCAGAUUCCCAGGAGUCCUUUCACUGUCCACAUCUCCGAAGUUUCACAGAGUGUCCCUCCUCCUGGGUCUCCAGUGCAGAUUGUACCUCAGUCCAUACGCACCCCACCUGCUGACAAGACCAGGAGAGCUCCUCCUCCAACACCACCCAAACCCAGGCGACCAACCUGUAACCCAAACGCCUGCAGAGCAUCUGGCAGAGGUUUGCAGCCGAAGGGUCUGAGAGUGAAAGAAGUGGCAGAUUUCAGAGUUUACACCAAAGGAGCCGGCAGCGGGGAGCUCAAAGUCACCGUUAAAGGACCAAAGGGCCUGGAGGAGCCGGUGAAGGUGCUUGAGAUGGAAAAUGGCCUGUAUGAGUGUAAUUAUUACCCCAUCAUGGCAGGAAAGUACAUCGUAACCGUCACUUGGGGCGGACACAGCAUCCCUCGCAGCCCAUUUGAGGUUUAUGUCAGUGAGGAGGCAGGGCUUCAGAAAGUGAGAGCCUGGGGUCCAGGUCUGGAGACCGGUAUGGUCGGGAAGAGUGCUGACUUUGUGGUGGAGGCCAUUGGAACUGAAGUGGGAACUCUCGGUUUCUCUAUCGAGGGGCCCUCCCAGGCUAAGAUUGAGUGUGAUGAUAAAGGCGAUGGAUCAUGUGAUGUUCGAUACUGGCCGACUGAACCAGGCGACUACGCCGUCCAUGUUGUUUGUGAUGACGAGGACAUCAAGGACAGUCCCUUCAUGGCCCACAUUCUCCCUGCUGCCAGUGACGUCUUCCCUGAGAAGGUGAAAUGUUACGGUCCAGGUCUGGAGCCUUUGGGCUGCAUUGUUAACAAACCUGCUGAUUUCACCAUUGAUACCCGUGGAGCUGGCAUCGGAGAGCUGAAGCUCUAUGCUCAGGAUUCAGAUGGUUUCCCCAUCGACAUCCAGAUCACAGAUAAUGGAGACAGCACCUACUUCUGUGUUUACAUUCCCACAAAACCCAUCAAACACACCAUUAUCAUCACCUGGGGUGAAGUCAACGUCCCCAACAGCCCGUUCAGGGUGACUAUUGGAGAGGGCAGCCAUCCAGAGAAUGUGAAAGUUUAUGGUCCAGGUGUGGAGAAGACAGGACUGAAGGCCAACGAGCCGACUUACUUCACUGUGGACUGCAGUGAAGCCGGACAGGGUGAUGUCAGCAUUGGCAUCAAGUGCGCUCCAGGUGUAGUUGGACCUGCCGAGGCCGACAUCGACUUUGACAUCAUCAAGAACGACAACGACACAUUCACAGUGAAGUACAUGCCUCCAGGUCCCGGACAGUACACCAUCAUGGUGCUGUUCGCUGAUCAGGAAAUCCCUAUUAGCCCCUUCAGAAUAAAGGUGGAUCCUUCCCAUGAUGCAGCCAAAGUCAGGGCAGAGGGACCUGGACUCAACAGGACAGGGGUGGAGGUGGGUAAGCCCACCCACUUCACCAUUUAUACAAAGGGAGCUGGUAAAGCCAAACCCGAGGUCCACUUCACCGGAGCAGCUAAAGGUGAUGCCGUCCGAGACUUUGAGAUCAUCGACAACCAUGACUACUCAUACACUGUCCGCUACACGGCGGUGCAGCAGGGGAGCAUGUCCAUCAUUGUGUGUCACGGAGGAGACCCCAUCCCAAAAAGCCCAUUCACCAUCGUUGUGGCCCCCCCACUGGACCUCAACAAGGUCAAAGUUCAGGGACUGAACAACAAAGUAGACGUUGGGAAGGAUCAGGAGUUCUCCGUCUGUACUCGAGGUGCUGGAGGUCAGGGCAAACUAGACGUGAAGAUCACCUCCCCUUCGCGUCGACCAAUCCCCUGCAAGGUGGAGUCGGGGACAGCCAAUGAGGUUCAUACAGUGAAGUACAUUCCUCCCGAGGAAGGACCAUACAGAGUGGACAUCAGCUACGACGGGAAUCCUGUCCCAGGGAGUCCAUUCACUAUGGAGGGUAUCAUGCCCCCUGACCCUUCAAAGGUGCGAGCCUACGGUCCAGGCCUUCAGGGUGGUGUGGUAGGCAAACCAGCCCCCUUUGCCAUUGACACAAAGGGUGCUGGUACUGGUGGUCUGGGUCUGACAGUGGAGGGGCCGUGUGAGGCCAAGAUUGAAUGCCAGGACAAUGGUGAUGGAUCCUGCUCUGUGUCCUACCUGCCGACUGAGCCUGGUGAAUACGCCAUCAACAUCCUGUUUGCAGACCAGCACAUCCCCGGUUCUCCCUUCAAGGCUGUGGUCCAGUCAGUGUUUGACCCCAGCAAGGUGACAGCCAGCGGCCCCGGGCUGGAGCGAGGCAAGGUCAAUGAGGCUGGAACCUUCACGGUGGACUGCUCCAAAGCCGGGGAGGAUGAGCUCACCAUCGAGAUCAUCUCUGACUCUGGGGCCAAAGCUGAAGUUCACAUUCAGAACAACAGUGAUGGGACCUACUCCAUCACAUAUAUCCCCCAGUGCCACGGGAUGUACACCAUCACCAUUAAAUAUGGAGAACACAUGGUGCCAAAGUUCCCCAUUCGCUUGCAGGUGGACCCAGCUGUUGACACCAGCGGGGUAAAGGUCUAUGGACCGGGAGUGGAACCCAGAGGCGUCCUGAGGGAAGUAACCACUCAUUUCAUCGUGGACGCUCGAGCUCACUACAAGAGCGGUGGCAGCCAUAUCAAAACCUCGAUCUCAAAUCCGUCGGGCACCAACACAGACGCCUACAUCACCGACAAGGGAGAUGGGACAUACAAAGUCGAGUACACACCCUACGAGGACGGUUUGCAUCUGAUUGAAGUUCUUUUGGAUGACGUCUCGGUGCCGAAGAGUCCGUUCAGGGUGUCCGUGAGCGAGGGUUGUGAUCCCAGUCGAGUCCGAGCCUACGGUCCAGGUCUGGAGGAAGGACUGGUGAACAAACCAAACCGAUUCACUGUUGAGACCAGAGGUGCUGGCACUGGGGGACUUGGCCUGGCCAUUGAGGGUCCAUCAGAGGCAAAAAUGUCAUGUAAGGACAACAAAGAUGGCAGCUGCAGUGUGGAGUAUAUCCCCUUCACGCCUGGAGAAUAUGAUGUCAAUAUCACCUUUGGAGGCUUACCGAUCCCAGGGAGCCCAUUCCGGGUCCCAGUGCGAGAGCUGGUUGAUCCCAGUAUGGUGAGGUGUUCAGGUCCUGGCCUUGGAAGUGGAGUCCGGGCUCAUGUUCCUCAGACUUUUACUGUAGACAGCAGCAAGGCAGGGGUGGCUCCCCUGACAGUUCAGCUAUAUGGACCAACAGGUGUAGCUGAGCCACUCAACAUCACAGAUAAUGGUGAUGGCACUCACACAGUCAACUAUACUCCUGCAAACGAUGGCCCUUAUACGGUGUGCGUAAAGUAUGCCGACCAGGAAGUGCCCCGGAGUCCUUUUAAAAUCAAGACAUUACCGGCUCAUGAUGCUAGCAAAGUUCGAGCCAGCGGUCCCGGUCUGAAUGCAUCCGGGGUCCCAGCCAGCCUGCCAGUGGAGUUCACCAUUGAUGCCAGAGAUGCUGGAGAAGGACUGCUCACCGUCCAGAUUCUGGAUCCAGAGGGAAAACCCAAGAAGGCGACCAUUCGAGACAACAGAGAUGGGACGUACACAGUGUCCUACGUGCCGGACAUGACGGGGCGCUACACCAUCACCAUCAAAUACGGAGGAGAUGAGAUCCCGUACUCACCUUACCGGAUCCACGCCCUGCCCACCGGAGACGCCAGCAAGUGUCUGGUCACAGUGUCAAUCGGAGGACACGGACUCGGUUCAGGAAUUGGACCAACCAUCCAGAUCGGAGAGGAAACUGUCAUCACCGUGGAUGCAAAGGCUGCAGGGAAAGGUAAAGUCACCUGUAAGGUGUCAACGCCGGACGGAGCGGAGCUGGAUGUGGAUGUAGUGGAGAACGCAGAUGGGACGUUCGAUAUUUAUUACACGGCUCCAGAGCCAGGGAAGUACGUCAUCACCAUCCGCUUCGGAGGGGAACACAUUCCCAACAGCCCCUUCCAUGUCGUGGCAAGUGAUACCAUCCCAAUAAUAGAGGAACCAUGUGACAAGCUUCAGUUACAGCAGCCCUACUCUCCCUAUGCGGCCUUCUCCCCUCAAUGGGCCACCGAUGAUCCCAUCAGCCCUGUGGACGGGCUGGAGCCGAUGCUGCGUCCCUUCAGUCUGGUCAUUCCCUUUACGGUGCAGAAAGGAGAGAUCACAGGUGAAGUCCGCAUGCCUUCCGGCCGAACAGCCCAACCUAACAUCACCGACAACAAGGACGGGACAGUUACUGUGAAGUACUCGCCAACUGAACGAGGCCUCCAUGAGAUGGAUAUCAAAUACGAUGGCAACCACAUCCCAGGAAGUCCACUCCAGUUCUAUGUUGAUGCUAUUAACAGUGGUCAUGUGACAGCAUACGGUCCCGGCCUGAGCCACGGCACCAUGAACCGACCAGCCACUUUCACUAUAGUUACAAAAGAUGCUGGAGAAGGAGGUUUGUCUCUGGCAGUUGAAGGUCCAUCCAAAGCUGAGAUCAGCUGUAAAGACAACAAGGACGGGACGUGCACAGUGUCCUACCUGCCCACGGCACCUGGAGACUACAACAUCAUCGUCAAGUUUGAUGACAAACACAUCCCUGGCAGCCCCUUUACCGCCAAGAUUACCGGUGACGACUCUAUGAGAACAUCCCAGCUUAACGUUGGCACGGCAACAGAUGUUUCCUUAAAGAUUAUGGAGACAGACCUGAGCAGCCUGACCGCGACGAUCAGAGCUCCAUCAGGAAACGAGGAGCCCUGCCUGCUGAAGAGGCUGCCCAACAGACAUAUCGGAAUAUCCUUCACACCAAAGGAAGUUGGUGAACACGUGGUCAGCGUGAAGAAGAACGGGAAGCAUGUGACCAAUAGUCCGUUUAAGAUCAUGGUGGGUCAGUCGGAGAUCGGAGAUGCCAGCAAGGUGAAGGUUUACGGUCAGGGGCUGGUGGAGGGACACACGUUCGAGGUGGCCGAGUUCAUUGUGGACACGAGGAAUGCAGGUUAUGGAGGUCUGGGUCUGUCCAUCGAGGGUCCCAGUAAGGUGGACAUCAACUGUGAGGACGUGGAGGACGGGACGUGUAAAGUCACCUACUGUCCCACAGAACCAGGAAACUACAUCAUCAACAUCAAGUUCGCCGACCAGCAUGUGCCAGGAAGUCCGUUCACGGUGAAGGUGUUUGGUGAAGGUCGGAUGAAAGAGAGCAUCACCCGGAAACGUCAGGCACCCUCCAUUGCCACCGUGGGCAGCACGUGUGACCUCAACCUCAAAAUACCAGGAAACUGGUUUCAGAUGGUUUCAGCUCAGGAGCGUUUGACCCGGACAUUCACCCGCAGCAGCCACACCUACACCCGGACCGAGCGGACAGAGAUCAGCAAAACCCGAGCCGGAGAGACCAAGAGGGAGGUGCGGGUGGAGGAGAGCACGCAGGUCGGAGGAGAUCCCUUUAGAGACGUAUUCGGAGAUUUUCUAGGGCGAGAGACUCUUAGCGGCUUCGGCGGGAUGCCGACUGGCAGCCGACAGCCGCUGCAGAACGGUGAGGCAGCUAACCAGGAGAUGACGGCUCAAGUGACGAGUCCUGGAGGAAAGACAGAGGACGCAGAGAUCAUUAAAGGAGAGGACAGCACCUACAGCGUCCGCUUCAUCCCUCAGGAGAUGGGACCUCACACUGUCAACGUCAAAUACCGGGGCCAGCACGUCCCUGGGAGCCCCUUCCAGUUCACUGUGGGGCCCCUGGGAGAGGGAGGGGCCCACAAGGUCAGAGCAGGAGGCACUGGACUGGACCGCGGAGUGGCAGGAAUCCCAGCGGAGUUCAGUAUCUGGACCAGAGAGGCUGGUGCUGGAGGUCUCUCAAUUGCUGUAGAAGGACCCAGCAAGGCUGAGAUAACAUUUGAAGACAGGAAAGACGGAUCCUGUGGAGUCACCUACGUAGUGCAGGAACCUGGUGAUUAUGAGGUCUCCAUUAAAUUCAAUGAUGAACAUAUCCCAGACUCCCCCUUUACCGUCCCCAUCGCCUCACUGUCAGACGACGCUCGCCGCCUCACCAUCACCAGCCUGCAGGAGAUGGGUCUGAAGGUGGGUCAGGAGGCCUCCUUUGCAGUGCAGCUCAAUGGAGCAAGAGGGCUGAUUGAUGCCAAGAUCCACACGCCAUCAGGAGCCACCGAAGAGUGUUACAUCACUGAGCUGGACAGUGAUCAGCAUGCUAUCAGGUUCAUCCCAAAGGAGAAUGGAGUUCAUUCUAUAGAUGUUCGUUUUAACGGCAGCCAUGUGCCCGGCAGUCCCUUCAAGAUCCGAGUAGGAGAACCGGGUCAGGUCGGAGAUCCAGGAAUGGUGUCUGCGUUUGGACCAGGUCUCGAGGGAGGAACCACAGGCGUGGCAUCAGAGUUUAUUGUCAAUACUUGUAACGCCGGCUCAGGAGCACUGUCCGUGACAAUUGACGGCCCAUCAAAGGUUAAGAUGGACUGUCAGGAGUCUCCUGAGGGGUAUAAGGUCUCCUACACACCUAUGGCUCCUGGAAGCUACCUGAUCUCCAUCAAGUAUGGAGGACCCCAGCACAUUGUAGGCAGCCCCUUCAAGGCCAAAGUAUCAGGACCUCGUCUGUCAGGUGGCCACAGUUUGCAUGAGACGUCGUCUGUUCUCGUGGAGACCGUCAGCAAGUCAGUAGCAAUGGGCAGCCCCUUUGCCUCUUUGCCUAAAUUUUCCUCAGAUGCCAGUAAAGUCAUCUCCAGAGGCGCUGGCCUUUCAAAGGCCUUCAUUGGUCAGAAGAACACCUUCACAGUCGACUGCAGUAAAGCAGGCACAAACAUGUUGAUGGUCGGUGUCCACGGGCCGAAGACACCCUGCGAGGAAGUGUACGUCAAACACAUGGGCAACAGGAUGUACAAUGUCACGUAUACUGUUAAAGAGCAGGGCAGCUACAUCCUCAUUGUGAAGUGGGGAGAUGAGAACGUCCCUGGCAGUCCGUUCCAUGUCACCGUCCCUUAAAACUGAACUCUUCACUGUCUCCAGCCUCUUCAACAUCUGCGAUGCACUGAAGAUUUUUCACUUACUGUUUUCUGCUAAAUACGAACAUCAGAGCACAGCUUCAGUAACCACAGGUUGUUCGUCGAGGCUUUUCUUUUGUCAGUUGCUCUUUUAAACAUCGUCCCAUUUAACUUCAAGAAAAGAGAAUUUAAAGAGUUCAAACUGACAACAGCCCACACGCCUCAGAAUUUGACCUGUUUUCAUGCGUCCUUUAUUUGAGAAGAUUUGUUUCCUGCCAACAUGUGGAUAACUAUGCAGGUGUAAACAUCUGGUUCAUAGCAGCUAAAAACAAACGUGCAUGAUGCAAACAUUAAGACUGGAUUUAAAUGUGAUCUGCAAUAUCUGGACUAGUUUAUUUUCUUGAUGACAGGUUUUCUGUUAGUAUUUCUGAAGAUAUGCAGCACUCAAAGAGGUCCAGAGGUGUCUGAGAAGGUCACCAUGAAGGGGAGACUGCAUACAUUUCCAUCUUUUUUGUGUGUGUCCAGUUCCCUGAAAUUUUUCAUCACACCUCAUAUUGUGUACAGUAUGUGCAUUAAUUCACAAACACAAUCUCAUAUUUAGUGAAAAAUUCAAGCCGCAAGUUGCUCUUUUGCUCCCACAAACCAAACAAUUCAGACAACUUAGCUUAAACAGAAGAAACAGUUUUAUCUUCAGUGAGGAAAAAAAGUGCUUCAGAGUCCCUUGUUUCUUAUCUCCAUCUGUAAAAACCGGAAACGAUAAACUUUCUCUAAGAAUCCUUAUUUCUUACUGAUGCUCAUCCAAUAAACACUAACACUUCUGACCCUCGGACUGUCUGCACUCCAGCCGUGGUGACUAUCAUCCAAAAAUCUGAUUGGUCAGUAGAUGGUGAUCUCUUAUCUGCAACAUAACCUGGAGCAGCUUUGAUCUGUAGCAUCAGUUACCAUGGUGACAUACCACCUUCAUAACCCUGAAAAGACAGAGUUAAACCCGAAGUUAGCUUGAUAACUACAGAUCCCUAAAAGCAUUCAUGUUUUCUCAUGGAUGAGUUAAAUGUCUUUCAAAGAUAUUAGUGUCACAUAGUUGGAAUAAAUCUCUGAGUGAAAGAUGGUGUUUAGUUAGCCUCAGCAGGUCUCCCUUUCCUCAGGAUUCAGUUUCAGGUGAGCGAGAGACUAUCUUCCCUCCAGGUUGAAUCAGAUGCACUCGGCAGGUCUCUGUAUGUCAGGGUUUGUCCCAAUUGCUCAUGUGGCGUGGGCCCAGCUGUGGGAUGUGGAAUGAUCAAGAUGAGCUGUGCUGUGAGAUUAACAAACUUUUCUGUUUUUAUUUAUUCUGCAGCAUUUUUCUCUCCUUUGAUUUUCUUUGACAGAAAAUGGUCUUACCGUUGAGAGAAGCAGGUGAUAAUGGAUUUUUUUUUUUUACCACAGGAAGGAAGUGCAGUGGAGUUUCCUUUGUGAAUGUUGGAAAAACAGCAGCAGAUAUUAGAGUGACAUUUUAUAGUGAUUUUAUAUGUAUGAGUGAAGCAAAGUUUAAGUGUUUGAUAUGUUAACCUUCUGUAUUGCAACACUGUGCAGGCAUAAUAAAAGUUUAUCUGUGAAAUCUC